CUAAUAAAAAAAUAUGUCGUAUCCAUUGUGAGCCACUCUCUAGUCCAGUAGGUGGCGGUAAUGCACCUAGGCUACUUGCCAACUUCCAUUAAAUCCAAUGAGGAAGAAACUGUUGCUAAGCUAACGUGUUGUAUUCGCUGCAUGGUUUGUGCUCAGCUACAUUUAAAACGCUUUAUUACACAGCCACCGGUCACGAAUUAACAAGUUAUUCUUUAGUCCUGUUGUAUUUGCCCGUUCGGGUUUGUACCGAUGCCGUGGAGGUGCUGUGUUCCAGGCUGUAAAGGCUACGACGAGGCCAAGUCGAUGGGAGUAGUGUUCCACGGGUUACCGACCAGAGACCCGCAGCGCUGCAGAACAUGGCUGAAAGCCAUCCGAAACCCCAGGUUCGACGAAAACACUCCCAUCUCCAAAUACAGCGGCGUGAGAGUGUGCAGCCUGCACUUUAAAACAGAGGACUACGAGGAAGACAUUAGAGCUAAGAUAAUGAAUAUUGCGCCCAAGCCGAUGUUGAAGAGCGGCGCCGUGCCGUCAGUGUUCCCCGGAAGAGAGCAUGGCGAGCCUCACGGUACGGUUGCAUCUCCCCCGACGCCAAAGAGAACCAGGACACAGGCCAUGUGUGGAUCUGCAGGCAGCUCCUCUCAGUCACUACCAGCAGCUGGCUCAGAAGAAAGCUUCUGUGUCGUGGUGUCAGUCGACCCUCUGGAUGAUGGCAGCCUUCACUCAGAGCCAGGUUUCAGCUCAGUAGCAACUUCUGAUGAGUCUGAUGAAGACGUUGACGAGGACUGCACGAUUGUUUACAACCGUAACCUGAUGGAGUUGUUCAGAAUGUGUCAGAUGUGUGGGCAACCCAUAUCGGAGAAGAAGGUUCUCCACUCAGGAGCCCAGAUGAGGGUGAAGUGGAGCUGUCACGGUGGGCACUCUGGUACGUGGAAGUCCUCGCCUCACCUGAGAGAUGUGCUGCUGUAGCAUCCAUCUGCUGAGCAAGUGUUGAACUCAUGGGGCCUGUUUACACUGAGCAGGAGGGGGUUACUGUCUGAAAUGAUGAGCCAGCAGCUGAAGGACAUGUCAAACCACAUCUCAGGUGACGGAUGCUGUGAUCCAGCAGUUCAACUGCCACUACACCUUUAUGCUGGACUCCACAGAGGAAA